CUCGUGCGUUCACAGCUGCUAGUCAUAUCGUCACGACGAACGUCUUUUUCACCUGCUUCACACCCAAAGAAGCUGAAGCUGUGUACUCGUCAGCAGCGACUUAUUCACCACAGAAAGCGCCGAAACAGUUUGCCAUAAUUCGAGCAAACCGAAGCCGGUGGUGAGUUCCCGAGCGGUUCGAUAAAAUUACAAGCAAAUAUGUCAGACUCAUGAGUGAAAAAUUUUGACAGACCUGAAACCAUUCCAGUCCACACUUUCAGUGCGGUGCGUGCGUUUCAGCUUCAAUCGUGUGAAUUGUGGAUCGGUCCGGAUUUUCGUUCGAUAUUGGUGCUGAUAUUUCUUGCUAGGUGUGUGAAAAUUGCACGGGAUGUAAAUUCUAUGCUUGAAGUGUGCCCACGAAAGGCAGUGAGGUUGUGCUUCGAGUUAACUGUGAUAAAAAGUGAUCCAUGUGCUUGAGCAUGUUAGCUGAAGUGUGAAGAAAACCAAGUGUCUCCUGGAAAUUCUGAACUAGGCAUUUUUCAACUUCACUCUGUCGAUGAGCUGAGACGAAGAUCUUGUGACUCAAGAGGUGGCCCACGAAGGCACUCCGAUGUAGUUUCGAAACAAGGCGAAAUUUAGAUUUUUCUAUUGAAAGGAAGCAAAAAUCAGAACACUGCAUGCCGCUGUCCUUUGAAAUCAUGCAAAAUACCAGGUUCUGUACCAAUAUGGUUUUUGUGUGAUUGACAAGUGUUGAUAAAAGCGGCAGUAUUAUCAAAUCGUAAAUCCUAGCCACCGAGAAAAUCGAUUGCGUGUCACACAUUUCGUACAGCGAGCAAUAACGCAUCGACAGAACGAGUGCCAGAUAGCGAGAGAAUAGAUGAAAAAAUAAACUCCGACCGCACUGAUAGAAGUUGGAACCUAGCGUUGUAUUAGUGACCAUCGUGAAAUGCUUCAUUCGUCAAUAGUUUCUCAGACCGUCAGCCACAAUCGUUUCAUCAGAAGAUAGCACCGAUAUCUAGCAGCCCUAGUACUCCGCUGAUUACGACCGCCAGCAGUGCACGACCCCUGCAAAAUAUCACAGCAACGGCCGUGCGGCCAUAAUUACCUCCGUUUGAUUUUCAAGACGAAAAUUACGAGGGCAAAGCCCCCCUGACCUUCGCUCGGUGGCGAAGUUUGACUGGUUGUGUCCACCGGUACCAGGGGGAUACAGAAAUGCCACUCGAAACUAGCGACCAUCCCGUUCCCACUCCUUCGCCGCCGGCCGGUUCACCGGUUCCAGCGGCGAAGGACAUUCCGGACCAAGCCAAUGGUUACCAGGAACUGUACAGUUCGAUUCGCAGCAAAAAGUCGAUUAAGUCCAAAAUCUCGGUCAACUCACUGCGCUACGAUCGAGACAAGGAAAAACGCUAUGCCAAUGGCAUGUCCACGCUGGUGGAGCUCCUGACGGAAACUUCCCAGGCAUCCGUACACGACAUCUUGAACGAUGGCGACGAAGAUCAGAUGUUCGUGACUGGUUAUGAAAAAUCGCCGCUUCGUAUGUUUUUCUGCUACAUUGGAUACUUUCUGACCUUCGGCAUUCUCCGACUGGUCAUGCACUGGUGGCAACACUGGCUGCUGCUGGCAACCCACCGCAAGUGCUCGCUGGAGGUGGCUCAGAAGGUGCUGGUACACGAGCGCUACCAGGGCAAACAUGAUGCCUACUACGUCAAGAGCGUUGUGACGCUGAAUGCCGACGCGAUCAAGGAAAUUACCAGUGCCCCAGCCAGCAAGAAACCUACCCCGAACGGUGCCAACAUCAUCAAGGAGCUGCAGCUUAUUGGCAUCACCGAUCCGGUUGCUUUCUUCAGCCAGUUCAGCCCGUUUCAGGCGUCCUUCCAUCGAUCCGGCGGAAAAUUCGAACACUUCGACUCGGUUCGAUUCUUCAACUGCAAGAAGCUGCGCUACAUCUGGAACAGUGAAUCGAAACGAUUCCUGAAGCUGAAAGGCCUCGAUCUGGACGUUCCCAGUGUGGCGCUCCACCACAACAAAGGCCUGUCGCUGUACGAGCAAAAUGUUCGCCGGUUGGUGUACGGUAGCAACGAGAUUCUUAUUCCGCUGCGAGGGAUCAUUACGCUACUGUUUCUCGAGGUGCUGAACCCGUUCUACGUGUUUCAAAUAUUCUCCGUGUGUUUGUGGUUCGCCUACGAUUACUACUACUACGCCACAGUGAUCCUGCUGAUGAGCGCCUUCGGAAUCUCGCUAUCGAUUAUUCAAACGCAGAAGAACCAGAAAGCUCUUUACUCGACGGUGAAGAGUAGCGAUACAGCAACGGUGCUGAGGGAUGGGUGCGAGCCAGAGCAGAUCGAAACACGCUUUCUUGUUCCAGGUGACGUUGUCGAAAUUCCUGCCAACGGAUGCACAAUGCAAUGCGAUGCGGUUUUGAUUUCCGGCAACUGUAUCUUGGACGAAUCUAUGCUAACCGGCGAAAGUGUUCCCGUAACGAAAACUCCACUACCGCUGAAACGAGAACUUUACUACGAUAAGAAAGAGCACGCUCGACACACCCUGUUCUGCGGGACUAAGGUCAUCCAAACCCGGUACAUCGGCAGUGAGAAAGUGCUGGUGAAGGUGAUAAAUACGGGAAACAUUACCGCCAAGGGUGGUCUAAUUCGGUCCAUUCUGUAUCCCCCUCCGGUGGAUUAUAAAUUCGAAAAAGAUUCGUACAAAUUCAUCAUGGUGCUAGCUUUUGUGGCCGGUUGUGGCUUUUUGUACACAGUUUUGACAAAAAUUUGGCGAGGAGUUGGUGCCCUGAAAAUUAUCGUAGAAUCAUUGGAUCUCAUUACUAUUGCUGUACCUCCAGCCCUUCCCGCAGCUAUGACCGUAGGUCGAAUGUACGCUCAAAAGCGGUUGAAGAAAAACAACAUUUAUUGUGUAUCACCAAGGGCAAUCAACGUGUCCGGUAGUAUCGACUGCGUUUGCUUUGACAAGACGGGCACACUAACCGAAGAUGGUCUAGAUAUGUGGGGUGUUCUACCGAAGGACGGCACCAAUCAUUUCCAGAUUCCAUUAACGCAAAUUUCAAGACUACCACUGACCGAGCACCUACUCCGUGGCAUGGUGACGUGCCAUUCGAUAACAUUCGUAAAUGGAGAGAUGCGAGGUGAUCCACUGGAUUUGAAAAUUUUCGAGUCAACUGGAUGGAUUCUGGAGGAGGCCAACGUUUCCGACGAGACCAAGUACGAUCUUCUGUUCCCGACGAUCGUAAAACCGCCUCGGGGGGACUCGGUGAACGAUACGAACCUGGAGCUGGAUGUAACGUACGAUAACUCCAACGACAUCGGUAUCGUGCGGGAGUUUUCCUUCACUAGCGCGCUGCAGAGGAUGUCCGUAAUCACCAGGAAGCUAUCGGACAACCAUUUUAAUGUUUAUGUUAAGGGUUCUCCCGAGAUGAUUAACAGUCUGUGCAAACCGGAAAGUAUUCCCGAAGACUUUACCACUAAGUUAGGUUUUUAUGCGCAGCAGGGUUACCGGAUAAUUGCGAUUGCUUACAAAUCGUUAGACAAGAAGAUGAACUACACUAAGAUUCAGAAGGUGUCACGGGAGAAGAUCGAGUGCGAUCUGGAGUUUUUGGGCUUUGUGAUAUUGGAGAAUCGGCUCAAGGCGGACACGGAAGAGGUGAUAGACAGUUUGAAUGCGGCCAACAUACGUUGCAUUAUGGUGACCGGGGACAAUUUGCUGACGGCGGCAAGCGUCGCGCAUGACUGCGGUAUGGUUAUGCCGGGACAAAGCUUAGUAACGCUGACGGCGCAUGUGGAUAAAAGUAAUCUGGGGAAGUAUUUCUUAAGCUAUGAUGUUACCGGACAGCCGCAGCUUACCCAGUCGGAUAUUAUCAAUGAUAAUACGGUUAGUGGUGAGAAGCGUAACGGAAAUUACACCCUCAUGACCCAGUCGAACAGUGUGAGCAGCUGUGAAACGAUGGAUACGUGUACGUUGUCCACGCAGUUGAGUAAUUUCGAAAAGGAUGAACAUCGGAUAACCGUCGACGGAGUGGAUGAGAAAUCGGUCAGAGUAGAUAUGGUGGGGAAGGGAGCUUCGUUUAGGUUCGCUCUAACCGGAAAGACUUGGGCUGUGAUUAAGGAGCAUUUUCCGGAUUUAGUACCUACGAUACUAACGUUCGGAACGGUGUUUGCGCGAAUGUCCCCAGAUCAGAAGCAGCAUUUGGUAAGCGAUCUGCAAAAUUUGGGAUACUACGUGGCAAUGUGCGGCGACGGAGCUAACGAUUGUGGCGCCUUGAAAGCCGCCCAUACUGGGAUAUCGCUGUCCGAUGCAGAAAGUUCAGUGGCCUCGCCGUUCACAUCGAAGAAUCCAACAAUCGCCUGUGUACCGAAAGUCAUCAAGGAAGGGCGGGCGGCUCUAGUAACUUCGUUCGGUAUUUUCAAAUACAUGGCGGCUUACUCUCUGGUACAAUUCGCAUCGGUAUUAAUCCUGUACUCGAUUGAUUCUAAUCUAACGGAUUUCGAGUUCCUAUACAUUGAUCUCUUCAUCAUUUCCGUUGUGGCAUUUUUCUUCGGAAAGACAUCAUCGUACGACGGUCCGCUGGUUAAACAAGUCCCAUCGAACUCGCUGAUUUCACUGAGCCCAUUGCUGUCGCUGGCAUUACAUCUGAUAGUGGCGCUAGGCUUCCAGGUCGCCGGUUGGUAUCACAUCCAGGCUCAGCCUUGGUUUACACCAUUCAAUUAUACUGACGAGCUAGCAUUGAACGACCUGGGCUGCUACGAAAACUACGCCAUUUUCAGCAUCUCCUGUUACCAGUAUAUAAUUCUAGCGAUUGUAUUCUCCAAAGGAGCCCCAUAUCGCGGAUCAAUCUUCUCCAACUAUGGUUUUCUAGCUAGCAUCAUUUUCAACACGAUCGUCUCCAUCAUACUGACUGUGUAUCCUCCGUCAUGGCUCCAAGACCUCUUCCAGCUAGUCAUUCCCGAAGAGGACAUGAUCUUUCGGGCCUACAUAGUGGCGUACGGAUUCGCCAACUUCCUGAUUGCACUGUUCAUCGAAAAGUAUAUCAUCGAUGUGAUCGCGUUCAAGAAGCUACGCUACCGAUGGCACAACAUUGCCAAGUCCCGGCGCAAAUACUUAAUGAUCGAGCACAGCUUCCGCCGAGAGGUGCAGCACCCAAGCGACUUUAAAACCGUGCUCGGCUGGUCUAGCGAGAAGUACGAUUACUGACACCUCCUGUGGCGGGUGACGAAGCUGGUGGUGGCAGCAGUGGUAGAGAUCCGACUCGACAGAAACCGCCGCUGGCCAUUAGAGCGGUUUCACCCGGCAACAGAUCGCCGGUAGCGACCGCCAGCGGAUGGCUGAUAAAGUGUUUUUUUUUUUAUAAAUAUCUGUACUGCAAUUGCUGCACCGCAAAACAAAGCAAACUGCCAACAUGUUUUUAGGUUCAACGGUUUCG